AUGCAACAAGUGAUUUCAACAGCUCCAAAACAGGCUGUUCUUAAUAUGUCUCCGUCGGCGACUCUCAGUCCCGUUGAGGUCAGCAUUCCUCCAUCGGAAACGGGAGCCAGUGUGCAUUCGCGUCCACCGCCCGAACAGGUUCAGUCUCUAGGUAAGACAAAGGAUGGUAGAGCUCUGAAAAUCCGUACCUAUCCAAAAUUUGAGUCGCCCCUGGAGGAACGUAUAUAUCGCAAACAGCAUCUCGCAGCGGCCUUCCGGGUGUUUGCAGACCGGGGAUUUGAUGAAGGUGUCGCUGGUCACAUAUCUGUUCGCGAUCCCCUUCUCACGGACCAUUUUUGGCUCAACCCUUUGUCUAUGCAUUUCUCUCAGAUUAGGGUCUCAGAUCUUAUACUUGUGGACGAAGAAGGUGCUAUAGUCCAAGGCGACCAGCCGAUCAAUACCGCCGCAUUCACUAUCCACUCAGCUAUUCACAAGGCUCGACCGGAUGUUCACGCUGCCUGUCAUGCCCAUAGUGUCUAUGGCAAGGCUUUCUCAUGCUUCGGUCGGAAGCUUGAAAUGUUGACCCAGGACUCUCUACGCUUCUACGAGGAUCAUGCCGUGUACGACAACUUCGGAGGUGUUGUUGUAGACAAGGCGGAAGGUGAACGUAUUGCCAAAAGCCUUGGCAAAUGCAAAGCAGUCAUUCUGCAGAAUCAUGGGCUUCUAACUGUGGGCCAGUCAGUCGAUGAAGCCGCCUUCUGGUUUAUCAGCCUAGACAAGAGCUGCCAGGCACAGCUUCUAGCCGAUGCAGCUUCCGCAGGGUCCGGUCAUGCGAAGAUAACUAUCAGUCACGAAGAGGCGAAAUAUUCGAAAGCGAACGUCGGCGGCCCUGGCAAGGGAUGGCUGGCAUUCCAGCCCUACUAUGACGAACAGCUCGCCAAGACGAAUGGUCAUUUCCUAGGCUAG